AUGACUGCUUGCAGUUGUUCUUUAAAAAAAGGAAAUGCAGCAAUGGAAAGAUGUAACGAUAAUUUUUUUAGUGUGCUACGACAGAUUGAAAGUGAAACUCAAAGAGAUUUGAAACGACAACAUUUGCUCAGUGAGCGUCUUCAUGCUCUUCAAGAACCUAAACGAUAUGAGAAUCCAUUGCAAUAUCAAUUGAUUCCACAACGUUAUCGUAUAAAACACAAUGGUUAUGCAGUCUGUCGUUCGUGUGCGGAACACUCACGUCAUCAUUGCGUGCCGCUUUUCACAAACUUCAGUCGAUUUGAUUACUACCGAGAAGAUUCACCUGAACAUUCUGCAAGAUUGACAUUGAAUAAUGAUGAAUGUUACCUUACGGUUGAAUUAGGUUGUUGCUUGGCCCGAAUUACACAUUUGAUGUUUACUUCAGUGAAAGCACUAAAAGAGCUGAAAUUCGUCUCCGGCAAUAUGUAUCCAAUGAUAAGCAAUGACAUCACUUAUUUAAAUGGGCUAUAUCUAAGAAUGAAAUCGAGCUAUAUGCAGUAUCGUACUUUGAGAAUGAAACAGAUGGCAGAGGACAAUACUAUAGGAGAUGUUAAACUUUUGCAAAAGUCAGAGAAUGCUAAUGACGAAGUACUUUGUGAUUUGCCUGAGGAUACCAUCAAUGAAGUGAAUGGACGAUAUUUUGAAGUAGACUCGCACAAGAUUUUAAAUAUGUCCAACUCGGAAAAGGAUUUUGAGCAAUAUGAAACGCGAAAGCAAAGAUUUCAUAUUGGUUCCAAAUGGAAAAGAGAUGAAUGA